AUGGUCGUUAGCAACCGAUCGAGGACUGGCUCCUACGACAAUAACACACCAGAUAUUCCCUACAGAAACUCUAGCAUGCCCAACAUGAUGCGUUUCGAUUACGAGACUCCAUUGGAAAGUAGCGACGGUGAUGGCUCCUCGGACGGUUCCUUUCCCCGUCGCGGCGUGGUACGAAAGUCCAGUGGUUCUGUGUCGGUGGAUUCGGUUCCUGCCUUUCAUAACAUUUACGCCAAACCGCAGCACCAGUACGAUGAUCAAUACAGUCAAGCAGAUUACAGCGUGUUCUCGGCAUUAGGCGGAGGAAGUAAUACGCUGGUUCUAACGGCUCGGCGGAGGAAGAAUCCGGCCUACAUUUGCGUCAUGAUUGUUUCCAUUCUUGGCCUCUUUUUGUACACCAAUGCCCAUGCCACACUCCACAACGCUUUGACGCAAAUGAGUAUGCUCACAUUAGAACGACGAAGCAUUCACACCCAAUUCAAAAUUGUGGAGCAUGAUCUUAGAAAGUUCCAACGAACCAUUGUAAGACUCUCGCAGAGUCGGGAAGAAAAGCCACAAGAGCAUGUGGUGGAAGAAAAGAAAAGCGCCGUGUCAGAAAUGAAUCGAUUGCACGAAACCAUUAAGGAUACGAACGAGGCCAUUGAGAAUUUGCAAAAGCAUAUUCAAGAAACAAGUCGACAGGAUGCUCUUGAAAAGUACGGAAGUGGAGUGCUUCGGGUGGAACUCCAGCUCUCCUUUCCCGGCAAACCAGAUGGUGGGCCCGAUACCUCCAUGAUAUUGGAAAUGGCAUCUUUGGAUGAAAUGCCGCAUUCGGUCAAUUUGUUUUUGGAAAUGGUGGAUCGAAAGUUAUUCGAUGGUUGUUCCUUUAUUUUGUAUGCCAUGGACAUUAUCAAGGCGGCUCCUCUUCCAUCGGACGGUACCUCCACUGCGGCCAAGGUGAAAGCCUUUACCCGAGCGGGUCUCGAUUCCGUCGCCUUUCGGGAAUACUCCCCCAAGUAUCCACACGAAAAGUGGACGGUAGGAUUUGCCAUGGAUGGGAGUCCUUCGUUCUUUAUCAAUACCAACGACAAUACGGAGGUGCAUCACGGCGACCCUUGCUUUGCCAAGAUUGUUUCCGGUUUUGAGACGGUGGAAAGAUUGAAGAGUGCACCCACCCGGAAGGAUGGAAUGUGGUACAAGAAGCGAAUUGGAUUGAAACGAGCAAGGAUUUUGUAA